UCUUACUAAUGACGUGCGACAAUUAGGUCCUCUUGAUUCAUUUUCUGCUUUUCCAUACGAAAACAACAUGACAAUGUUUAGGAAAUUGUGUAGAAAACCUGGUCUUUGUCUGCAACAAAUUUCAAAUAGAAUGGCUGAAAUGGAAGCGCAUGAAGUUAAUGAUAAUGACAAUAUUGAUUCUACUUUGGAAGGAGCAUUUAUAAAGCACAGUUCAGGCCCUCUUCCACGCAAUCUUAAUUGUAAUCCACCUCAGUAUCGUAAAAUUAAAUUUCAUGGAAUGAUACUUACCGUAGACAAACGUGAUAAUUGUUGUCUUUUAAAGGAUGGAUCCAUUUGUGUUAUUGUCAAUAUUUUCAUGGUUAACGAUUCAUAUUAUUUGUUAGUUAAAAAAUUUUUACAAGUACACGACUUUUAUAAUAUUGGUAUUACAUCUUCUGCGUUAGACAUCUUUAAAUGUUCUGAAUUAACUUCUCAUACUUGUUCCAUUCAUAUCAAUGAAGUACGUGUAAAAUGUUAUAGAAUGCCUUUUUGGAAUCAUACAUUUAAUAAUGAGAGUAGUGAUGACGAAAAUUAUACACAAACCUCUCAGUAUAUUGUAGCUGCUAUUAUACAUAAUAAAGAUUAAAAUUCACCUAUUAUGUAAUUGCAAGUAAUUAUUGCGUAUAUUAUAAAGUAGUGAAUAAAAUAUUUGUGUGUAUUAUCUUUUACUUUUUAAUUCUAUUAGAUAUUUAAUUUUGUAAUUUUAUUAUUUUCAAAAUGUUUAAACCUUUUCACUCUUGCAAAUUACUUUCUGCGUAUAAUAAAUUAUUGCGUAGAAAAGAUUAGAUGCUUUGCUAUAUUCUACAAGUAUAAUACGUAUAAUCCUUAUAAAAAUAUAAUAUAUAAUAUAUAAAUAUAAAAAUAUAAUAAUAUACAAAUAUCUUUAAUAAUAAUAUAAUAUAUAAUAUAUAAAUAUAAUAAUAUAAUAUAAUAUACAAAUAUCCUUAAUAAUAAUAUAAUAUAUAAAAAAUAUGCUAUAUAGGCAGUACUGUAUUUGCUAGUAAUGAAUACUUACUUUAAGCAUUUAAAACACUGUUAGUAUUUUUAAUACUCAAAAUAAAUAAUAAUUGCUAACCAAUUUGAUACCGUCUAGUGUUAUAUUUUUUAUUUAAAAAGGGUGACAAAUAUAUAUAAUCUUUACUUUAUGCAUUCUACCUUAUAUAAUUUUUAUAUAAUUAUCUCGAUUAUGUUUAUAUAAUUUAAUUGAAAAGCUUGGUAAAACAAUAAAUCAACAAGUUUUGUAACAAGGAAAGAAGUAAGCUCUAAAACUUUAAACUUUUUAUUUAUGGUAAAAAAGAUAAGCUGUCUGUUGCGUACAUUCAUAUAAACCUUUCAAAAAAAAAUAGUUUAUAUAAUUAUGUAAAUAUACUUAUGUAAAUAUAGAAAGAUGUCUACAUUAAAUGAAAAUCGUCUCAAACGACCCAUCGUAAAACCAUCGAGAUACCAGACUACCUCAUCCGACGAAGCUCCGCGUAGAAAGAAGACGGGAAAAACUGGCGGACAAGAAAAAGAUAUUGAUGCAACUAUGGAAGAAGACAUAAGGGAGUUAGGAGGAAUUUUACAAGAAAAUUCCUCGCUUAUUAAUAAUAAUAAUAAUAAUAUACAAAAUACUUCUGAAACACAUUUUAAUUCUUAUACAUACACAGCACAAGCGCAAACAUCCACUCAGGCACAUCAAGUAGAUAAUCAGUACCCAUCUGUACAAAUAUCACCUAAUACGGAAUCAUACGCCAUAUUACCAUAUUCUGUCACUCCUUACACACAACAUAGAUCUACGGCAUUAGCUAGCUCAACAUUUAUACCGCCGAAUGAACAUAAUGUUUUAAAUCAAUACAACAAGUUUCAGGUUCCUUACUCAAACGCAGGCGAAUCAAGCCAGAUUACAGAAAGAUACAGAGCGCAACAAGAACAAAUUGAAGAUGAAACGGAGAGUCGCAAAACUCAAGAACGAUUGGAUCGCAUAGAAACGGAAUUGAGGAAAUUAAAUAAUACUGUGGAACGGAUUUUAAAAUGUGUACAAAUAAAGGAAAACCGACGACGACCAUUACAAAAACCGGCAUGUAUACCGAUUUCGACAGAGAUGGAGAUGCAAACUUUUGAAACAGUUAAUGAGGAUAUAUACGACCAAGUUGUGGAAUAUCUUGAAUAUGUGGGAGGAUUCACAAUAAAGGAAGCAAUCAAUCUAUCCUUCAAAGAAGUGAUAAAGGAUAGUCUAACGGUGGCGUAUACUUGGUUCGGAUCUAAACAAGGACCACGACCCUUGUAUAGGACUCGCAUAAUAAUGGCAGUUUAUGAAGCCGUUUGUAACAGCCGACAUUUCAAUAAACCGACUAGAGCAGAAUUCCAAGCGUAUGCGAGAGAGGCUUUGCGGUCAGCGAAACAAAGGCACAGGAUGGCUACCCAACAAGUGCGACAGAAUAGAGAACAAGGCAGAACAGCACGUGAUUACUGGAAUGACUGCAACGAAAAUGAAAAUGAAGAUCAUUCAGAUGUGGAGUCCAAUAUGGGUUCAAAUGUUGAAGAGGAGAAUUAAUUUAGAUUUCAAGAUUUCCAGGAGGAACUGCGUAGUCCUGAACCCCUAAUCUCGUAAGAGGAUGGGGGAUGUAUGGAAAUGCUAUGCAAAGAUACUGCAAGUUCGUGGGUUCCACUUGUGGGUAGCGUGCUACUCCUACGUCCCACCAAAAAAAAAAA